GAUUCCUGGAUUAGUACUGUCCAACGCCAAUGUAUAUACUUAUCCACAAGUAAAUUCACAUCGCGGUCCAGACAAGACAAUACUUCACCCUUCAUAUCCCUCCCGUGUCUGGAGGCAAAGUUAAAUAGACCGAGUUGGAGAUGCCCCGUUGUUGCAAGACGGAACACUGGUAUACGCAAUCAUUCUCCUUCAUCUGGUAUCGUAGAGAUGCUGUAACGAUUCAAGGUAAAUUUUCUGGAGCAUUUGCUGUUUUAGGCCGGCUGCCGUACCAUCAUAGAUAUAAUACGAAUGCGAACAGUAGAUAGACAGUCAGAUGGGAAAAUCUCUCGGAUGACUCAAAGAUGUCGAUUGCGAUUUGCCAGUCGAUCAAUCUCACUCAGAUCGACCUCAAGGUUAAGGAUGACAUCCUGUCAACACACCAUGACAAGGUUGGUGGGCGGAUUCGGAUGACGAGGAGUAUAAUCUGUGCGAUGAACCUUAUCUCAAGUCAACUGACUCGACAACUGGCCAUGGCGUUUCACAACCUGAUUCGCAUAGAAUGCCAAUUGAGACUUAGGUACUUCGCACUUGUAAAAAACUGCGUACGAGAUCUCAGCCAAACAAUACCUAUCUUACCGGCUGCCAUCGGUAAUACAGAGCCCAAGAAACGCGAUAAAGCCAUGUCUUGGAAUAAUCGAUUUGCUUUCUCCAGUUUCGUCUAUAUUGGGCGGUUCUGGUUUUGGAACCGAUUUCUUUGUGGUGUUUCCAAAAAGCAGGACCAAAUGAAAAGUGGAGUCGGCGGCACGGUGGCAAGACAAAUCCCAAAACGAUAGAAACCUUUUCUCCCGAGGAUAAUAAUGAUGAUUAUUAUUUCUUCAAUAGUAA